GUUUGGACUUGACACGCGGGCUCCGUCUCGUGCUGUCAGCGCUUUGCCUUCAGUGAGUCUGCGGUGUGUGUGUCUUGUCUGCUGCCACCUGCACUGUCCACAACAGGAUUCUCUCUGCAGUGUCAUUUCAUGUUGGGCUGCUGAUGCCUUCAGGUUAACAGGGACAGACUUUGAGCACACACUCAGUCCUGCAGGCGAGUACACUUCUACACGUCCUCCUGUAACUCCAGAUCUAAGUUCACCACCAUCAGAGAGAAUGGAGCCAGACCCGGACCACGCUAGGAAAGUGAUCUCCUGGAAUAGUCCACCUUCCUCUCUCUAGAUGCUGCUAAGCCCUCUAUGGAUUCAGCAGCUACCUGUUCGCUCACUUACAAAUAUUUGCUGAGAUAGUUCUAUUGAAGGAACAUUGAAGACAAAAAGCCACCUGGGCUUGAUGACUGUGAGCACUCUGUGUCUGUGGUCAGGGCUUCAGUCAUGGGGAAGGAACAGGACCUGCUGCUGGCUGUGAAGACUGGAGAUCUUCUGCUGGCACACAAACUUCUCUCCAAAGUCAAGUGCAGCAAAACAAAGCUGCUGGGCUCCACCAAGAGACUCAACAUCAACUACCAAGACUCAGACGGCUUCUCGGCGCUGCACCAUGCGGCUCUGACAGGCCCCACGGAGCUGCUGUCUCUGCUGCUGGAGGCCCAGGCCACGCUGGAGGUCAAGGACAUCAACGGCAUGCGGCCCCUGCACUACGCAGCGUGGCAGGGGAAAGCUGACUCUGUCCUGCUGCUGCUGAGAGCCGGAGCUUCAGUCAACUCCCCCUCCCAUGAUGGACAGAUGCCGUUACACCUCUCUGCUCAGUAUGGUCACUACGAGGUGUCUGAGAUGUUGCUGCAGCACCAGGCUAACCCCUGCCUGCUGAACAAGGCUCAGAAGUCUCCGCUGGAUCUGGCCUGCGAGUUUGGGAGACUGAAGGUGACUCAGUUGCUGCUGAGCAGUAACAUGGUUUCAGCACUGUUGGAAGGGGGGGCAGGGCAGGAAAGUCUGGACUCUCCCCACACCACCCCCCUCCACUUGGCAGCCAGGAAUGGACACAAAUACAUCAUCAGGUUGCUGCUCAGAGCGGGGAUCGACAUCAACAGAGCCACCAAAGCCGGGACGUCUCUGCACGAAGCCGCUCUCUACGGCAAGACGGAGGUGGUGCGGCUGCUGCUGGAUGCGGGCAUCAAUGUGAACAUGCGCAACACGUACAACCAGACAGCUUUGGACAUCGUCAACCAGUUCACCACCUCCUCUGCCGGCAGGGAGAUCAAACAGCUGCUCAGAGAGGCAUCGAGCUCCCUGCAGGUCCGAGCAGUGAAGGACUACUGGAACCUCCACGACCCCACGGCUCUGAAGCUCCGCGCGGGGGAUCUGGUUAUGGUGGUGGAGCAGCAGUCAGACGGACGCUGGAAAGGUCACAUCCAUGACACCCAGCAGGGUGCCGACCGGAUGGGCUUCUUCCCUCCCUCAGUGGUGGAGGUGCUCAGCAGACGUGCAGGCGUUACUCUCUCCCGCCAAGCCUCAACGCCCGGCCAGCGACAACACUCCAGAGCUCCGCCCUCCAACCACGGCCCCGCCCCUCAGACUGAUGACUCGUACACACUCGGAUAUGAUCCUGCAGGGGACAGGAUCAGUGUGGGCAGCGGCCGCAGCGGCCGCAGCAUUGGCAGCGGUCAGAGCUCAGAGAGCAGACACAAACAGAACGGGGUUCAAACCCGGCACAAUGCGGACAGUGGAAAGCUGACCCCCUCUGCUGGUGAGUCAGGAGAACACCUCCAGCCUGCAGCAGCAGAGCACAGCAAGCAGGCAGGCGGAUCAUCAGGAAGCUCCCAACGGCAGGUCAACGUCGGCACUCCUCAGAGAGGCUUUGCGAGGCCAGCAGAGCUUCUGGAGGGAAAGGACUCUGAUGCCAUCUACCAGUGGCUGUGUGAGUUUCAGUUGGAGCAGUACACAUCCAACUUCAUCCUCGCAGGAUACGAUGUCCCCACCAUCAGCAGGAUGACCCCUGAGGACCUGACAGCCAUCGGAGUGACCAAACCUGGCCACAGGAAGAAGAUCUCCCUGGAGAUCGGCCGGCUGAGCCUCCCUGAGUGGCUGCCUGACUACACUCCUUCGGAGCUGGGGGAGUGGCUGAGUGUGAUCGGACUGCCUCAGUACCAGAGGAGGCUGUGUGAAAACGGCUAUGACUCCAUCUCUAUCGUCAAAGACAUCACGUGGGAGGACCUGCAUGAGAUAGGCAUCACCAAACUGGGCCACCAGAAGAAGCUGAUGUUAGCGGUGAAGAGACUAUGUGACCUGCAGCGUUCUCGUAACCAUGCCGACAGAGCUGGAGGCGGGACCCUCCAGCGCAAGCCCCCCGCAGCCCUGGAGCUGGUGGCCAUCGAACACACACCAACACACACUCUGCACACUCACACUCCUUCUGACGACUGCUGCCCCUCCCCUCGCUCCCCCAGGACCCUGCUCUCCUUCCAGGACAGCGAGCUGAGCGCCAAGCUGCAAAGCGCCAUGAUGGGCAGGGCGCUGGGGGGGUCUGCAGAGGCGUUCAGCAUUAGGGUGGGCUCUGCAGCAGCCAUGUAUGUCAGUCAGGAGAGCAUCAGCACGUGGUCCCGAGGCUCCGGGAACUCAAACUCAGGAUGUUCUCGAAACCCCUGGAAUGCAGGGACCGCCAUGCACUCAGAGGAGAGUGGGGGGGGGGAGGAGGGGUGUGGGGGGAGCAGUCCUGGAGUCAGGAGCAGAUACAGACCCUCAGAGAUGUUGGAGCGCUGUCGCUCAGCCACCCCCAACAGUGUCCCCUUCGCCCCCCUUAUCCCUCCCAUUACUCCCUGCAAGAUGCCCCGCAUUGCCUACCCGCCCCCACCCCCCAAGACCAAACACCUCCAGCCCUCCUCCCCCUCUUCUCCAUCCCCGCAGCCUGCCCCCACGCAGACGGCCUUCAAUUACCUCCACGCCAAGGCGGGGGGGGUCAGUGGGGCCCCCUGGCUGCUCUCCAUGCCACUGCCUGGACCCGUCCCUCUGCUGGCCCCACGGCCUGCCCGGGACCCGGCUCGCGAAGGUCCGAAGGGCGGCCCUCACAAGAAACGCGCCCAGAGCCUGACCCGCUACGCUCUGUCUGACGGAGAGCCAGACGAAGAGGACGACGCGCCCCCCCCCUGCUCCUCAGCCCCCACCUCAGCCAUGCCCUCCUACGCCACGCUGUCCCGCAGGCCGGGCCGCGGGCACACCAGCGCCGCAGGGGCGGCCCAACGCCACAUCAACCGCAGCCAAUCAUUCGCAGUGCGCUCCAGACGCGAAGGCCCGCCCCCAGUCCCCCCCAAGAGGAUGAGCUCUGUCAGCAGUGGCCCGACAUGCAGUACCAAAGACGGGAAAGAGUCAGAAAUUAAAACCGGGUUGGGGGCGGAGGGCCCUGGAAUCGUGAAGAGCAUUGCAGCUCGACUGGAGGGGGGGUGCAGUAGUCCAUCCAGGAGGAUAGACAUGCCCCCCCCUCAGACCCCUCUGUCACCUGUCUUCCUUCCUGUGUCCUCCCCCAUUCCUCACAUCCUCCUUCAGCACAAAGCGGCCCCUGCUGUGGACCUGGAGGGCCUGAAGAGGACAAAUGUAGAGCCUGACAGACAGAGAGGGGGGGGCACAGAGGAGACACCUGGAGAGAGAGCUAGGAAGAGUGAGAGAGUGUCUCGGGGCGUUCCGUCUCCAAACCACAGUGUGGGGCAUCUCCCAUUCGCUGAAGAAGGAAACCACACCAUGAAGCAGCGGGCCCGGGGAGCUGUGGCCCCCCCCGCUGAUGCUGAAGUCAAGACUCCGACCCCCCACACCCUGGAGCUCCCAGAGUUCAACCUGAAAGAGUCCGACACGGUGAAGAGACGACACCGACCCAGAGACUACAGCGAUGUCAGGGUGCCCCCCCCCAACAGAGGCAACAGCGAUGUCAGGGUGCUGAGCAAGGAUCCAGCUCAGGGGCCGGGGGAUGUGUUCCAGAGAGAGGGCUCUAUUGGAAAAGGCCCCAAGCCUCCAGUGUCCUCUAAACCUUCCAGUCCUCUUAACCCCCCCCCAAACAGCAGACCAGCACCCCCCCAGAAAACAUUCUCCACAGGACGAGCUGGUGCCCCAACAGCAAUUCCUAAACUGACCAGCGUUCAGGUCCACACCGUCUCCCCGAAGCUACACACACACACAUUUGCACAUUGCCCCAGACCUGGGAGUCCCCAGAAAGCUGCAGCCAGGCCCCCACAGCCCGGCGCGGCCCCCCCAGCACCCGCAGGACUGAACCUCACCAGGGCCCAGAGCGCUGCGUCCAGCCCCCCCUCAGCCCCAGGGGGGGGGGGCGGCAGGUCUGGAGGUUCUGGCUCAGCAGAGGCUGGAGCAGACCAGCACGUCCCUGGAGGAAGCUCUCAAGGUGGUGGAGAACAAGGGGGGCGAUGUGGACAGCUCAGUGAAGGCAGCAGGAAACAUUCUGGACCACAUCAGCAACAUGUUCGAUGACCUGGCUGACCAGCUGGACGCCAUGUUAGAGUGACCCCCCCCCCCCCAAACUCUGCCCCCCAGUUUCCCAGAUAUCAGACAGAUGAUCCUUUGAUUAAAUAACAUAGAUACUUUUAUAGAAGUGCACAUUUUGAGGAUUUCCUGCACAACUGUUCCUCAUUAUUGCCCAGUUUUUCAACGUGAGCCCUUUGCCUCAGGACCCAGCUGAUGAUGCAACACUCCGGAGCAGCAGGGUGUCCUCAAUCUAGGGAAUGAGAGUCCAUGGAGUUGGCCUGUAAAUGUAUCACUGUGUCAGAUAGAGUAUAUUUAUGUCUUUAUUUUUGUAUUAACAAAUACAGUUCGUAUAAUUUCACUGUUUCAAUCGUUCUCAUAUAUUAGCACAACUGUGUUGUAAAUAUGUUAUUGUUUAUAACAUAAGGCAAAUAUAGUUAUGUGGUAUUUAUAGUAGCGUAUUUGAUUUGACAGUUGUUUACAGCUCUUCUCUCUCACACAAUGGAGAUGCUUUUAAACAUUUCAGAGGCAGUGACGUGUGUCGGAAUAUGUUGUUCGUUUCAAAGUGACUGAACACUAACACAGAAUUAUUAAAGACUUUUAUGUUAAAAUAUAAUAAAUUAAUAAAUUAUAGUACAUUUAAAAAGCAUUUAAACUAUGCAUUAUAAAAAUG